AUGACGCUCCUCGAGGCCGUCAGGACCUACCCGAAGGCCAUCGGCUGGUCCGUCCUGCUCUCUUCGACGCUCAUCAUGGAGGGGUACGACCUCGCCCUCCUGGGGAACCUGUACUCGUCGCCGGUUUUCAACGAAAAGUACGGCGUCUGGAGCGAGGCGCAGGGCAAGCACGUCGUCUCGGCGGCGUGGCAGUCCGGGCUGUCCAAUGGCGCGCGCGCGGGCGAGGUGUUUGGGCUGAUCAUCGCCGGUUGGGCGGCGGAUCGGUAUGGGUACCGGGUCACGACCAUGGGCUUCCUGGUGUUGAUGAUUGCCUUUGUGUUUGUGCUGUUCUUCGCACCCAACGUGCAGAUCCUGGUGCUCGGGGAGGUCCUCUGCGGAAUUCCAUGGGGUGCUUUCCAGAGCAUCACGCCCGCCUACGCCUCCGAGGUCGCUCCGGUCGUCCUCAGACCGUACCUCACCACCUUCAUCAACAUGUGCUGGGUCAUUGGUCAAUUCUUCUCCGCCGCCGUCAACAAAGGCUCGUUCCACCACAAGGACGAAUGGGCCUACAGAAUCCCCUUUGGAGUGCAAUGGGUGUGGCCCGUCCCCAUCCUCAUUGGCCUUUUCUUUGCCCCUGAGUCUCCCUGGUGGUACGUCCGGCACAACGACAGGGCGGCGGCCAAGCGCGCCCUCCUCCGCCUGACGUCGCGAAACCAGCCCAACUUCAACCCGGACGAGACCAUCGCCAUGAUCGAGCACACCAACGAGAUGGAGAAGCGCGUCAAGGAGGGCGUCACCUACCGCGACUGCUUCCGCGGCGUCGACCUGCGCCGCACCGAAAUCGUCAUCGGCAUCUGGCUCGUCCAGACCCUCGGCGGCCAGAACCUCAUGGGCUACUUCUCCUACUUCCUCACGCAGGCCGGCAUGGACCCCGGGAACUCCUUCAGCCUGUCCAUGGGCCAGUACGCCCUCGGCAUGGUCGGCACCGCGGGCUCUUGGUUCCUCAUGCACCGCAUCGGCCGUCGCACGAUCCACUUCUCCGGGCUGUGCGCGCAGUUCGCCCUGCUGCUCAUCGUCGGCUGCCUCUCCUUCUCCCGCGCCAACGCCUCCGUCUGGGCCAUCGGCGCCAUGCUCAUUGUCUUCACCUUUGUCUACGACUUCACCGUCGGGCCCGUGACCUACUCCCUCGUCUCGGAGCUGUCGUCCACCCGCCUCAAGAACAAGACCAUUGUCAUGGCGCGCGCCGGCUACAACGCCAGCAACAUCUUUGUCAACGUCAUGACAAACUACCAGCUCUCCUCGACCGCGUGGAACUGGGGCGCCCGCACGGCCCUGUUCUGGGCCGGUACCUGUCUGCUGUCGUCCGUCUGGGUCUACUUCCGCGUGCCGGAGCCCAAGGGCCGGACGUACGCCGAGCUGGACCUGCUCUUCGAGCACAAGGUCCCCGCUAGAAAAUUCGCCGGCACCAAGAUCGACCCCUACUCACACGAGCUCGGCGGCGAGAAGAAGCUGACCGAGGAGCAUUGA